AGUCUGCAUACACGGAACAAGAAAACGCACUUUUUGCCUUUAAAAAAUCAGAAGAAGAUUGUACGGAUAUUGAACUGUAAAGACGAGAACAUACGCCGUCGAGCAGAGAAGGGAGAAACCAAAGCCGGAAAAGAUGGGGAAUUCUCAGUCGCCUGCCGCCGAUCCUCGCUUCGUUUCCACAGCCAGGGCUUUCACCCAGACGGAAUUGGAUGAUCUGAAAUCAUUGUUCGUGUCCCUUGCUGCACAAUCGCAAAGCGACGGUCAAUACAUUUCUCCCUCUGUUUUCCAGGCAUAUUUUGGGCUUCGUGGUCCUCUUGGCAAUAGAAUGUUUGAUUUAGUCACACAGAAUCGUAAGGAUCAAAAGCUCACCUUCGAGGAUCUUGUAAUUACAAAAGGAACUUAUGAAAAAGGAUCAAAUGAUGAUAUCGAAGAGUUCAUAUAUCGAUUACUGGAUGUAAAUAGUGAUGGUAUAGUGGGAAGGUCUGAUCUGGAAGCUGUUUUAACUGUGAUGCUUGAUGAUAUAUCUUCUCAGAGAAAUUCUGAACCGGGAUAUAGUCCACACGAGGGUAUCAUAAAAAAUUUUCUUAAUGCUGCAACAUUUUCAAAAAUUGAUGAAGGAUGUGCAGAAACCUGCAUGUAUUUUGAGGAUUUCAGAAGUUGGUGUAGUCUUCUCCCAUCUGUCAGGAAGUACCUUGGAAGCUUGUUGAUGUCAUCUGAUUCAGGAAGACCAGGUUAUCAAGUGCCUCACCUAAUGCAUCCAGAAAACAUCGAUUCUAGUAUGAUAAUAGCAAAGAAGGAAUAUGCUUGGCAUAUAGGUGGGGCCCUUCCUCAACAGGAGCUGGAGGAAUGGAAGCUUUUAUACCAUAGUGCAUUUCAUGGCCUAAGUUUCAACACAUUCUUGGGCAAUAUAUCAAAUGAUGAAGGGCCGACAGUGUUAAUAAUUAAGGAUAAAGAAGGUUAUGUAUAUGGAGGUUAUGCUUCUCAGCCUUGGGAGAGGCAUGGCGACUUCUAUGGGGAUAUGAAGUCUUUUCUCUUUCAGAUAUUCCCGAAGGCAUCUAUUUUCAAGCCUACUGGAGCAAACAGUAAUAUACAAUGGUGUGCUGUGAAUUUCAGUUCGGAUAGCAUCCCAAACGGUAUUGGUUUUGGAGGAAGAGUAAAUCACUUUGGACUGUUCCUUUCAGCAAGCUUUGAUGAAGGGCAAACCUUUACCUGCACCACAUUUGGCAGCCCUUGCCUCUCCAAUAUCAAUCGAAUACACCCGGAAGUGAUAGAAUGCUGGGGAGUAGUCCCAAAAGGAGCACAACAAGAAAGGCACGAGACUGGCAAAGGCACUAUAUUAGAGAGGUUUAAGGAGGACCGCCAUAUGCUCAAUAUGGUUGGGCUGGCAAAUUCAAGCGAAUAAACCAGUGAGUUCUGCAUCGUAUAUUCAUAAUUUGCCGCUUUUGAAUUGUUUGUCACAAUCCCUUUUAUACCUUUGUGAUGUGUUCUACAGUGUGGUACACUGGUGGUAUUUACUUGUCUUUCUUGUGGAAAAUUUAAAAGUAUUUACAUGUUGAAUAUAUUCUUGUAUCAUAGAAUCUUGACUCCAUUUU